AUGCGGCUCCAAGAAGUCGUUUUAUGCUCAACUGCACCCUCGACUUCUACGUCCGGCGCUGGUGCUAUAGCUCUGCAUGACAUCUCUACGGGCUCUACUUUGGCAUCCUUCAAGCAAACAUCUCCUGCGGUUCAAUGCACCGCUGUGGUCAAUACGACCGUGCUAGAUGGGACACCACAAGGAGGUUUAAUUCUCACGUCACAACCAGACAAGUCUAUUUUGAACGUCUACAAUUUCCAAAAAGACCAGAUAGCCCUCAAGAUUGUGCUCCCGGAGAAACUAUCGUGCAUCUCGGUUGAUGCAAGGGGAGAAUUCUGCGCGGGAGGGACGGCACAGGGCAGGAUUUAUCUUUGGGAGAUUGCAUCUGGUAUUAUGUAUAACUCGUGGGACGCGCACUACCGACAAAUCACCGUUUUGCGGUUCACAUCUGACGGAGCCGCAUUACUGUCAGGGAGUGAGGACUCAGGUGUUAGCGUGUGGUCUGUUUCCAGGCUCCUAGAUGACGAGCUGCAAAAUGAUCUCCCUUCACCCUAUACGACUCUUUCCGACCAUACCCUCCCGAUCACUGAUAUUGCAUGUGGCGUAGGGCCCUUCCCUUCAUGUCGGGUCCUCACUUCAUCAGUAGACCAUUCAGUCAAGCUCUGGGAUCUGUACUCGAAAACUCUCCUCACGACCUUCCACUUUCCUCAUUCAAUCUGUUGCCUAACAUGGGACGUCACCGAACGUCUUUUCUUCGCUGCCUCUUCCACCUCAGAAGGAACUGUCCAUCAAGUGAACCUAUUUCGUAAAAGAAAUGAUCACGGCAGCCAAAACUUUGGAGGGAUGGAGGCCGUAGGUGGAGCGGGCGUGAGCGAUGUUAUCAGGAUUGGGGAAGAAGACCCACGAGAGGCUAAAAGAAGAGUAAUCACUGUCGGAGAGCCAAUAGCGUCUCUAACCCUCUCCCUAACAUCCUCUUUCCUCCUCACCGGCACCUCAACUGGACAAAUCCACAUUCACGAUAUCCCCUCGCACCAGCUCCUUCGUACUAUCUCUUCGCACAAAGGUUUCUCAAUAACUUAUCUCACCACGAUGUUGAAACCCCCGGACUUGAUCGGUCACGCGAGUUUGAGUUUGGGCGCAGGGUCCGCAGGCGUAGGUGUGGGAGGUGGUGCCACCUCGGCAGGUAGUGGUGGCGCUGGAGGGGAAAUUGGUGUGAAACCUAUAAUGCCUUUCCAGAGGAUGAAGGAACCUCGGGCGAGAGAUGCGCACGAGGUCGUUAUGGUUCUGCCCGUACAGGACAAGCUAUCAAUGUCCUCCUUGACCUCUUACUCGCCCGCCGAACUCCUUCGAGACCAUGAAUUCUUCGUGAAUCCGAGUGCGUCGCCCGCCUCGUCUACGCCUAGAGCCGCAAACCCUACACUAUUAGAGCCGAAAGUGGCGGAGCUAGAAGAUGAAGUGGCGAAGUUAAGGGAACAGUUGGGGAAAGCGAAGCGGGUGAAUGAUGUUAUGUGGGAGACGGUCGUCAAAAAGGUUGUCAAGCAGGGGAAGGACAGCGAUGGUGACAGUGCGAAGGACAAGGAUGAUGGAAGGGCUAAGAAGAGGGGACGGGUUGAUAGCUCAUGAUCGCUGUGCAAGGCUCUCUAGGAUUGGUGUGCCGUUUGGUGAAAUGGUCAAGAGGGGCCACAGUGGCGUCAGGAUCAACGUACAAAAAUUCGGACCGCGCCGGACCGUGUCAUUGUUGACCGGUCGACCGCCGAGUCAGAGCGUUGAUCUUCUUUGUCG